CCGAAAUACUCUCGAUAGUAGCCGUUAAACGUUUUUAUUCGUGAGACUCUCAACGCAUGUUGAAGUUUUAUGUCUGCUACUAUGGAAUAUGCUGCGAAAUAUGGCGUCUUAAGAAAGGACGAGAAGAAUAUCUUCGUUGAACAAUGAUCUAGGGUUACCCUUGUUGUUUCGACAUAUUUAAUUUUCUCAUCUUCAAGGACUCGACUGAUCUUUAUUAAAACGAUGUACACAUUAAUGAAUGGCGGUUCUACAACUUUCAUACAUCUGCCGCCAAAGCACCUUAAGGCUCCAAGUACCCAGGCUAUGGAAAGUAUGGUCGAGGAAAAUGGAUCGGCCGUUGACCCAUUAUCGCAGGGUUCUCAAAGUGGUGAUGCUGCUCCAGCAAUUGCAACAUCGGUACAGUCUCUCAAUAGAACGCCUCAACAACAAACUCAUCAUCUGGUAGCUUCUACCAGCAUUGUGCAACUGACACUACCUUCGUCGGGAGCAACACAGGUUCAAUCAGUUAUACAACCCAACCAGCAAUCUGUAAUCCAGACUGCAACAAACAUUCAACCUGUUGCUCUUUCCAAAGGAAAUGUUAUUCUUGUUAGCAAACCAAAUUCAGUCAUACAAACUGCUCAAGGCAGUUUACAAACGCUACAGGUUGUCGAAACUGGGAGUGAUGAUAGUUUUACUGAUGAAGAAUCUCCUAAAACAAGAAGUAAUAUUCUCACCAGACGUCCAUCGUACAGAAAAAUUCUUAAUGACCUAGGUGGUGGAGAAAUUACUGACGGUCGUUUACCCCCCAUAGAAUCUUCUUCAGAGUGUGAUUCUAAUGUGGACAGUGAAGUGUCUUCCCACUCUCUUCAUUAUCAGACAGUAAUACCUGCUGGCGCGAUUCAAAUUGCAACACAAGGGGAAGGUGUACCGGGGCUUCAUACAUUAACUAUGAGUAAUGCAGCAACGGCGGGUGGAACUAUUGUAGAAUAUACACAGACUCAGGAUGCACAAUAUUUUGUCCCAGCCUUCGACACCGUUACAGCUUACUCAGGACAUGGUGUAGUUGUUGAAGAUGCAGCUAGAAAAAGGGAAUUGAGGUUGCUGAAGAAUAGGCAAGCGGCAAGAGAAUGUAGAAGAAAGAAAAAGGAAUACAUUAAGUGUUUAGAAAAUCGUGUAGCAGUUUUAGAAAGCAGAAAUCAGACUCUAAUUGAUGAACUGAAGUCUUUGAAAGAACUGUAUCAACAAAAAACUGACUGAGGUUGGUGUUCAAUAUUGAAACACUAUAUCAAAAUUAUUAAUUGAUUAUGGAAUCUGUACAUGUUUUGUUUGUGUACAUUAUCCUAAGACAUUGUUAGGUAAACGGUGGUGAUGUAAAUGCAUUCGUAUGGAUAAGCGUUCUGUAACAUACUAUAUUUAAGUGUGAAUACAAAGGCUUGUGAGACUUGCUAUUACUAAAGCGAGAAGCCAAAGGUAUAUGAAAUGUGGAAGUAGGGAAUGUAUAGGUAGAUAUUUGGGAGAUCAUCAUAUAUAUUUUGGAUAAAGAUGAUUAUUAAAUUCACACCAAUUCAUGCAUGGAGGAGAUUAAAAAAAGUGUUAAUGUUCAAAGUGUACAAUCCUUACAGAGACAGUAUGACCAUGGUAUUUUGACAUAAAUGGAUGUAUUAUUGUAGCAUCACUGCGAUCUUCCAUAUUUGUACAUUAUAAAAUAGUUGAUCGCAAGAUAUUGCAGAGAGAAUAAUACGAUGAUUUUAUAAAUAGACAAUUUAUGAUGAUUAUGAUUUAGUCACUUACACAAUUCUUUUCUUUUUUCUUUUGCUAAAUAUCUUUUGGAUGCAAAUCCUAUAAAUAUAUUUUAAUAUAUAUCAAAUAGAGAUACUGCAUUAUUUUAAAUCCUCAUUUGCA